GGAGGGUUGGUCUCUGCGGAUCCGGAGCGGGGUUACAUCACCGCCCCGCAGCCAGAGGCUUCAGUCGGGCUGCGGGAGGACCAGCAGCCGGAUCCGGUGCCAUCAUGCGGACUGAGAGCAGCGACCUGCGGGGCGCGGAGCGGUCUCACCGGGACCUGCUGCAGGGCUGAGUCCGGCAGGGACCGGGUCCUGGACUGUCUCUCUCUCUCUCUCUCUCUCUCUCUGAGUCUGCGCGCUCUCGGCUCAGACUCUCAGACACUCGGAGGGAAACCCCGGGACGCGGCUCUGUCCCCCCCGGCAGGAUUAUCAGAGUACCCGGACUGUGCCGCACCUGGACCCGCCCUGAUGGAGAACCCCUGUUACUUCCUGGCUGUGUGGAUGCUCGUUCUGUCUCUGGGCUUCAGGAUCGAGGAGGGCAUGUGCCAACACUACUAUCUCCUCCGACCCAUCCCCAGCGACACCCUGCCCAUAGUGGACCUAAAGGAGGACCCGGACCCGGUGCUGGACCCUCGGGAGAAGGACCUGAACGAGACGGAGCUCAGGAGCGCCCUGGGCAGCCACUUCGACCCGAACUUCAUGUCCGUCUCCCCGCCGGAGGACAAGUACGCGGGGAACGAGGACGUGAGCGAGGCGGACCCGCGGCAGAAGCUCUCCGGAGCGAUGCCCAAAGAGAUCCGGGCCCUGGAGUUCGAGGUCCAGCACGGCAAGAAGCAGAAGCCGAGUAAGAAGCUGCGGAGGCGGCUGCAGCUGUGGCUGUGGUCGUACGCCUUCUGCCCGGUGGUUUACGCGUGGAACGACCUGGGCAGCCGGUUCUGGCCGCGGUACCUGAAGGUGGGCAGCUGCUACAAUAAGCGGUCUUGUUCGGUCCCUGAAGGGAUGGUCUGCAAACCGGCCAGAUCCACUCACUUUACGGUCCUGCGAUGGCGCUGCCUGCAGAAGAAGGGGGGUCUGAAGUGCGCCUGGAUACCUGUUCAGUAUCCGGUAAUAGCCGAGUGCAAGUGCUCCUGUCACACCUGAGACUAUUAAACUGUUGGUUUGCGUCAAAGUGAGUAAAAAUCACUUUCAACCAACUUUGAUAAACUGUGUUGUUGAGCAGAGUUGUGCUCUGUGUGAAUGUAUAUUUUCUAUAAGGUCAGUAUUAUUAAUAUAAUCUACUGUUUGUGCUCAAUGUAUCCGGUUGUAUCUGUUUAUAUUUAUAAAGACAAUCAAACAUAAAGUGAGUUUAAUAAAAACAGACAGUUGGUUCAUAAA